AUGGUAACGCCAGCGGGCAAAAGAAACCAAGGCAGAUAUUGCCAUUUCCACAAAGAUCACGGGCAUGAUACUGAAGAGUGCCUGCAACUGAAGGAGGAGAUCGAGCCCCUCCUAAGGCGGGGUCUCCUAGCCAAGUAUGUAAAAGACUACCGGAGGAAGAAAAAAAUGGAGGAUCCCCCACCUAGGGCCGAAGUGAUAAACAUGAUUAUAGAAGGGCUAGUAGGAGGGAGAGAUUCAAACUCGACAAGGAAAAGCUACGUACUCUCUCUCCGGAUCUGCUCUAUCCAAAAGAAGGCAAGGUUCAGCCAAAGCAUCACUUUUGGCGAGGAAGACUUGGUAGGUGUGGUGCACCCCCAUGAUGAUGUCCUAGUAAUAGUAGGCGACAUAGCUGAUUUUGACGUCAAAAGAGUAUUGGUCAAUGGCGGAAGUGCCGCAAAUGUUCUCACCUGGGACGCUUUUUUAGGCCUGAAGGUCCCACCUGACAAGUUAAAAAUAGUGAACACCCCCUUGCAAGGCUUUGGAGGAGCCACGGUGAUUCCAGAAGGUACUGUGGAGCUCCCGGUCACACUAGGCACAUAUUCGACCACUGUAGUAAUUGUGGCAAGCUUUUUGGUCGUUAAGACCCCCAUGGCCUAUAAUGCAAUCUACAGUCGGCCAUUACUCAACGUAGCUGGGGUCAUCACCUCGACCUAUCACCAGGUCCUGAAAUUUCCAACCAACAGGGGAGUCGGGUGUGUGCGGAGGGAUCGACAAGCAUCUAGAAAAUAUUAUGUCGAUAGUAUAUCAGUCAGAAGAGCCCCUCAGUGA